CCUGUGUUCCUCCAUUGUCCACUGGCCGCAGUGUCUCAGCACAUCGCUCCGUUUUCGGAGCUCGAUUAUCCCGCCUGCGCUAUGUUCGAAUCCUCGCGGAAGUACUGACGUGUUCACACCAGCUUGCACGAGAGGUAGCUAGUUUAGCUAGCUAGGUAGAGCCGGGUAGUGACACAGCGGCCGUUUCAGAAUGUCAGAAGGGGACAGUGUUGGGGAGUCAAUCCAUGGGAAACCAUCUGUAGUCGCUGCCUUUUUCACACGGAUUGGACAGAUCUACCAGUCAUGGCUAGACAAGUCCACGCCAUUCUAUGCAGUGCGAUGGGCAGCCACUCUACUACUCACUGCUGUCUACAUGAUCAGAGUGUACAUACUACAGGGUUGGUAUAUAGUAACAUACGCUUUGGGAAUCUACCAUCUCAACCUGUUCAUUGCUUUUCUAUCGCCAAAAGUGGAUCCUUCACUGCUUGACGAAGACGAGGGCCCAUCCCUUCCUACCAAGCAGAAUGAGGAGUUCCGCCCUUUCAUCAGGAGGUUGCCUGAGUUCAAAUUCUGGCAUUCGGCGACGAAAGGCAUCGUCAUCGCCAUGAUUUGCACAUUUUUUGAUGCCUUCAAUGUGCCAGUGUUCUGGCCUAUACUUGUAAUGUACUUCAUCAUGCUCUUCUGCAUCACCAUGAAGCGGCAGAUCAAGCACAUGGUCAAGUACAGAUACCUACCCUUCACACAUGGGAAGAGAACAUACAAAGGCAAGGAAGAGACAGGGAAAACUUUUGCUAGUUAAAAACUCCCACCUACCCUUCCCCUCCUUCUCAUUUGAAAUUUAUUUGUCACAGCUAGUGGAGAGUAACCAGGGUUUGAGAUUUAUUUUCUUUUUUUGUAAGCAGGACAGUAACAUGAAAACAUAACAUGACAAAAACGAGUUUUGAUCCAUGGUUCAAAUUGUUGGAUGAGGAUAUGAGCAGCAUGGAUCAAAUUAUUGCCUUUGUCUAUUAAGGGGUAGGAUUUUUUUUCUUUUAAUGACCACAAUCCUCAUUUUAGGAUUGGUCUGCAUUUUUCAGUAGUAGGUGAGACUCAUUGUUGCCUUUUGCCUUUUUAACCCCAUGGGGUAAGUAUAAAGUCAUCCGAAGGAACCACACUGAAAAUAAAUUGCAGUGAAAUUUGUGUUUUUUUGUUUUGUUUUUUCCCCUAUGAUGGUGAUUCCAGUACAUGUCCUUCUCCCAAGUGAAACAAAUCUGCCAACUUUUAAUUUAAUAUAUUGGUAUCUACUUAUUUGUAACACGUUAUACAUUGAAAUCAGUAGUAUUAGUAGCAGAAAAAAGACAUGAUUAGAUGUGUAAGAUUAAAUCUGAAGGAAAUCCAACAGUCAUCAUUUAAUUUUUGAGAUACAAGUGUGCGGCUGCUCUGGAUCACAAAUGUCUCAGCCAGAUAUCCUCUGUACUAAAUGCAGACACUAUGGAGAAAUUAGUCACAUUUCACUUGAAUAUGCAUUCAUGACAGGCACAAAAACGCCUAUCGUAAUUCAUCUCUUGAAAUAAAUACACUCAGCACAAAAAUCUUUUGAUGGAUGUUGAAUUGGGAACUGAAUCUCUGUGUUACCUGAUUCUCACUAGCAUAACUAGUGAAGCAAGAUCAAUAUGGUUGAUCAUCAGUGACUUAAUCUGGAUCUCCCAGCCACCCACCUCAUCAUUGAAUGCAUAAUUCAAAGCAAGUGUCACUAACCCCAAGCCAUUUAGUUUCCUGUAGCCUGUAGUCUAACUUUAAAUCAGUUGUUUCUACUUUUGCGUCUUUGUAGUGUUUAACAGAUGGGAUACUGUGUCAUUGACCACCCCGAUAAACCAAAUUUCUUCAUUAUUUUAGGUGACAUUAAGCCUGCAAUAGCAAGUCAAUGAAUUUGCUUUAUCUCAAAAUUUUACACUUGUUAUGUGGAUAAUUAUUUAAAAAUACACAGUGUCUUCGAAGUGCACAACCGGUAGUCAAGGCCAAUUCAUAUUAAGUGCUAAUCUGAGAUAAUAGUCGAGCAAUAACACAUUUACCCCAACAAUAUUCUCUCUUUGAAGCAUUUCCCCAUCUGUGUUUCAAAGGCUGGGGUCCAUUCGAUUUGUGUAGACUAGCUGUUGUAGUCCUUUGUAAUAUGUGUUUACUUUGAAAAGUUAUGGUAAAUAUAGUCAUUCCAAGCAAACUUUUGUUCUCUUUCUUUUGCAGAGGAAACAUAAGAAAACAGAGAUUGAGAGCUUUUAUUAUAACAAAUGGAUGAAGUGGGUGGUGAUCACACUUUCUUUUCUAUAAACCUGUUGAUUUUUUUUUUCUGCAUUUUUAUCAGAAUGCUGGGGAUUAUCUGUCAUUACUAAACUUUGAUCUGCACUGUAGUAAGGGAUCAAAACAUUUUCCUGUAAAAAGUUUGUGUUUCAAAGGACUGUCUGGAGGAUUUGUAUAUAUAUAUAUUUUAAAAUAUGAAAUUUUUUUGAGAUUAUUUUAUUUUUUGUUUUUUCUUCGAACCACCGUACUGUUUCCAAGUGUUUAAAUCCAUUUCAAUUGAAAUUGAUGAAAGCAGAAUUGGUUAAUUGGGUUAUAAAUUUAAUGAAUUAAAUACAGAUGUUUCUCAUGGAUUGCAUGUUAUUGUUUUCUUGUGCUACAGUUAUAAACAGAAACUUGAUUUUAAUAACUUAAGUGUAAUUUUUUCACUCCAAAUGCUAUUAAAGAGGCUGUGUCCCUUCAUACAGUA